AUGCAAAACCUAACAACCCACCUCCCAACAACAACCCCCAACUCCCUGCACCGCGCAACAACACACCCCUUCUUGCGCCGCGCAGGGUCCGGCCAGAUCCCAAAACCUCUACUCAGCCAGUGGCUCUCGCAAGACCGACUAUACGCACAGUCAUACGUCCGGUUUAUCGGGCUUUUACUCGCGAAGGUGCACCUACCCACUACGCCAUCACCCGCGAACACCAAGACGAACCCAAACGGGAAAGGGAAAGGGAAUGGGAAUGGGAAUGACAAAACCAUCCAAGAAAAAAUCCUCGACAUCCUAAUCUCCGCACUAACGAACAUCCGGACCGAACUGGCAUUCUUCGAAGACGUGGCUAGGGAAUAUGAACUCGAUUUGAAAACGCCCUUGGCUGAGUUAGAGGGGUACGAGGGGAAGUUCUCGGCUGGGCCGAUUACGCAGGGGUAUAUUGAUAUGUUUGUUUCUGCGGGGAGCUCGGGGACGAGUUUGCUGGAGGGGCUGGUUGUGUUAUGGGCGACGGAGGUUUGUUAUUUGCGUGCUUGGAGGGGGGCUGCGGUUUACUUGAAUCAGGGCGGGCCCGGGCCAGCUGGUGGUGGGGGUGAUGAUAUGGAUGGGGGAGCGUUGAGGAAGAGGUUUAUACCUAAUUGGGCGAGUGAGGAGUUUGGGGUGUUUGUGCAGGAGAUUGGGGAUGUAGUUGAUGAGUUGGGGGCGUUGGAGUUGCAGGGUGGGAAGGACGGGGAGGAUGCGUUGGCAAGGUGUGAGAGGUGGUGGAGGCAGGUUGUUUGGUUAGAAGAGAGGUUUUGGCCUGAUGUUGAGUAG